CAGUAGAAAGAGCACCCGCCAUGGCUCUUUGCGGCCAGUGACGAUGGCGAGGAGGAAGUUCUUGUCCGCCUUGUUGCAUUUUUCGAAUCACCCAAGAACCGCACACGUUUGGCAUCUGUAAGCGGGUCUUGAAUCGUGACUGUGGAUAGUCCGCGGAUUGUUGGCCCUUUUCUGGGCCCCCGUCAGACAGCAAUGAGCUGGCCAACAGCUGUGCCACUCAAGUAGGAAAGCAUCGCGCCGCCCUGCAAACUCCCGCCCAGCCUCGCCAGCCCUGCGGUUCCUGGACGUCGCUGCCUGCACGCGACCAAGUCUGCCCUGCCUUGCCUGUUCUGCCGCCGUUUCCUUUCCGUCGACGUCGACGUGGCUCCCACCUACCUCACCUCGAGCAUUUCAAUUUCGUGCACACUAGUAUUAUCGCCGUCUCCCGUCUUCCGCGUCCGAAACCAUCGCCGUUGUCGAAUCGUGCCAAAUCGUCUCUCCACAAUGUCCACCGAUCUCCGUCAGCGCGUGGCGCUCAAGGCGGCGGUCGACCCUCCCGCACCCGAAGUGCUCGCCGGAGCGUCUCUUCAGAGCCCGACCACAGCCGCCCGCGACCCCCACCCGUCCGGUAAAGGAGAGAACAGCCGUCUGACCCAGGUGUUCCGAGGCCUGUCGUUCGCAGUAUACUUUUUAACAUGCUGCAUUGCAAUCCACACCACCCAGCUUAUCGGCGCACCGCUGUACUGGAUUAACCAUGACCUCUACUACGCCUACAUGUCUCUUACAAAACAGUCGUUCGGAGUAACGAUCACAACCAUGACAAAGUGGUGGGGACCGACAACUAUACGGAUCAGCGGGGAUGCCUCAGUCGCGGGCCAGAUUCGGAAGACAAAGGACGGGCUGGUCGAGUUUACGUUUCCGGAGCGCAUGAUCAUGAUUGCGAAUCACCAGAUAUAUACAGAUUGGUUAUACCUGUGGUGGGUUGGCUACGCCAACACGCCAGGGAUGCAUGGGUAUCUGUACAUCAUCCUGAAGGAAUCGCUAAAAUACAUCCCUAUUAUGGGGGCCGGAAUGAUGUUCUACGGGUUCAUCUUCAUGUCCAGAAAGAUGGCCGUCGACCAGCCCCGGAUGGCACACCGCCUGAGCAAGCUCAAGAUGCAAAAUACAACGCCAGAGGGACAGAAAUAUCUCAACCCCAUGUGGUUGCUCCUGUUCCCAGAAGGCACAAACGCUUCCCAAAAUGGGCGGAACAAGUCUGCAAAGUGGGCCGAGAAGAUCGGGGUCAAGGAUCCAGAGCACCUUCUGCUGCCACGAAGCACCGGUAUCUACUUUUGCCUCACUGAGCUCAAGGGCACCGUCGAUUGGGUUUACGACUGCACGGUGGCAUAUGAGGGCAUCCCUCGGGGCGAGUUUGGGGAGGACUACUUCACUCUCUCUGGUACCUACUUCCGUGGCCAGCCGCCAAAGUCGGUCAACUUUUACUGGCGGCGGUUCCGGGUAGCGGACAUACCCCUGGAGACGCAGGAGCAGUUCGACCUAUGGCUCCGGGAUCGGUGGUACGAGAAGGAUGCUCUUAUGGAGCAGUACCUCUCUACCGGCCGCUUCCCCCCGAGCCCUUCGGACACCGUCACCAAGGACCGCCAGGGGUUCAUCGAGACCGAGGUGCGCACCCGGCAUCGGUUCGAGUUUCUCCAGGUCUUUGCAGUGCUUGGCAUGGUCGGGCUUCUCUUCAACAUCGCGUCAAAGACAUGGACCCGGCUCUUCCAGGCUUUGCACUGAGCUAUGCAUCAAGCGGAGACUUUGGACAAUGCCCUCCGUACCGUUCGGCUGAUGUUUCCAUCUCGGCGGAUGUAAUAUAGAGUCGUAUGAGAAACGACAAUUCGGAUCAUGACGAACACGAGUGGCGGCUGGAUAUGGUAUUUUGGAUUUGCUUUCUAUGUCGAUCUGGACGGGAUUGGUGGAUACGAGCAGCGGUCGGGGGGGGAAGAUUUGAACAGGGGCUCCCCAAACUGUUAUCGAAGCAUCUGGAACUAGAUUCCAAUAUGGUUUUUUUUUUUUUUUUUUU